AGAAACAAGACCCAGAGCGGUGAGAGGGUUGUCCCGGAUUCCCUUGCGAUGACAGUAAGCAGUGGAGCCCGCAUUGCAUGAACCACCAACCAUACACGUGUCGAUGAAGUGGCCCCUGGCCUCCACCAGGAUUCCCCCUAGCCCAAUGAAGUAAGCCAUUCCCAUGGACAGCAACAACGAUAUCCUCUCUUGAACAUGGACCUGAAAUGGAGUCGACCAAGGCCUCGCGGAAUUACCGGGACGGUCCUUGUGACCCCAUCGCUAUGCAGGGGGCAUUGAGUCUUUAUCUGAACGCCGUUCCAUGGCCAUUCCACGAACCUGGAGCCGGACCCAUUGACUCAUCAAGCAAACAAUCCUAGCACUGGUCUGUUAUACGUUUCUCUCGAGGGAAAACAGCACUCUUUUUUCAAUCCAAGUCUGCGCCGGUAGCAGACGCACUAUCACAAAAUGUCUGCAAUGACCCUGGUCCGACGGACAACCUCGUCGCUCUCCAAACAAAGCUCACUGUCCAAGCAGAGCUCACUCACCAAGCAGAGCUCAAGCGAGUCAAAAGUGGAGGAGGUCCGCUCGUCAACUCAGUUGGAGUGUGACCAAGUGUAUCAGGGCAUUAAGCGAUGGAAGGCACACGAGGGGGCUGUCCUGCUCCCGGUGGUCAGGAAGAGCACCAUUGAGCCCCUCAGGAACAAGGCCAAGCCGCGAUGGUGGAAGAUGAAGAAGGCCAAGGCGGCCAUGUGCUUCACCACGCCAGAGAGCCUGCAGCAGGAGAUGGACAACACCGCCAGUGACGGCCAGGUCCACGAGCUGUUCCUGCUGAUCAGCCGCUACGUCGACCUGCAGACGUCCACCUUCACCGUGCCGGAGAACAUCGACAACCUGUACAUCAUCCGGUGCGCCGAGGUGUCCAAGGUGCCGGGGACGGUCGAGGGCAACAGCAAGCUCGUGGUGAACGGGGCCUCAACCUUCUGCGGCAUCCGCCUGGACGAGUGGCAGACCAAGAACGUCGGCGACCACAACAUCAUCCUGGGCCCGGACGUCAUCAUCCAGGUGUCGAUGGGGAUCCCGUGGACGGCGCGCGACGCCAUGGGCAUGAUCUCCAAGCAGCAGCGCGAGGAGGUCGCCAAGCACUUCAGGGAGAUGUGCGAGGCAAAGUGCGAGGGCAACCCGGAGUGGAACAAGUGGCGCAGCCCCGUCAACAAGCUCCUCGACGUCGCCGCGGGGACCGCCACGCUCGCCUCGGUCGUCGAGUGCUACGCCGGCGGCAUCGCCAUCCAGGUCGCCACCAAGGUGGCCGAGUCGGGCAUCGACGGCGCCAUCAGGAUCGGCGCGGGCCUCUUCUGCCUGUCCGGGCCCGGCCAGAUCGCCCUCGCCGGCGUCGGGGCCGCCGCCGCCAUCUACUUCAUCCCCUGGGACACGGUCUGGGGCUGGUUCCGCUCUGCGUUCGGGGCGCUGAUGAGGCUGAUCAGGGAGGCGUGGGAGAACCUCAAGAGCUGGAUGGUGAAUGCCUUGCCUGGUAUUGGCGCGCAGGCGGUGAAGAGCGUCUUCGAGAUGCGGAUCACGCCGAUGUUGACAGCAUGAGUCAGGUCGGCAGUCAAAAGUAUGCGCAGCUGCUUGUAAGCGUGGACUUCUCAAGGGUUUUCACAUGUUCUACGGACGGGAUCCCGACGGUUUCUGUGCCCUCACCAAUACUCUCAUUAAACCAACAUGGAUGCUUGGGAGAGAAAAGGAAAAAGGAAACAACAAGCUGAGGAGAGAAUUGACGAUACAGAAGACAUCAACGAAUAAGGAAACACCAGUUUAACCCAUGUAGGGCCAUGCGCGCUCUGUGCAUUCUGCACUGGAUUGAAGGAUCCUCUUCCAUCCGCCCUAGCAAUCAGCUUCCCGAUCUUGUUGAUCACCCCCGGCGUUUGAACUGGAUCAUGGGCCCAUCAUGCAGA